AUGGUCUUCUGCGCAUACUGUGGGAAGUCCUUCACCAGGAAGGAACACUUGGAAAGACACAUCCCCAGCCAUACCAACGUCAAACCUCAUCGCUGCAGUGCUUGCCAGCUUUCCUUCGCACGACGCGAUCUACUCCAGAGACAUCACUCGACAUACCAUGAGGCACGAGACCCUAUGGAGCCGUUGCCCGGUGGUGUACCUACAGUGGCAGGCCGAACACCCAUCGCUUGCCAGAACUGUGCCAACGCAAAGACGGGUUGUGACAAGAGGGUGCCCUGUUCGCGGUGCGCCGAGAAGAACCUGCCUUGCGCCGCAAGGUUCGCGCGGCGGUCAUCCAAAGCAGCCGUCAGGGCUGCGCAGGCCAGCGCUGCUUUUCAACAACAGAUGAUGCCCACUGUCCCCCAGCCUCCUCAAGCCGCCCAGCCCGUUGCCUUCAUGGACCUAGACCCGUCCAUGCCCAAGCAGGACUCCCCGGGCAAGAUUCCCUCUGGAUCUCCCAUGACAACCAUGGAUCCUCGCAUGAUGGAAGGGCCCAUGAAGAAGAGCUCCCCGACCCAGUCACAUCGCAGCUCCGACGACUUCCCGUCACCCCACAGUCGGGUUGAUGGGCUCGAUGAGUUCAUGCUGAACAACGACUUCAUCACGCCCGACACCAACUACCAGGAUAUGAUGGUCUGGCCCGAUUACCCCAUCGAGCUCGACAUGUACUCCGGCCAGCUGCCCAUUUCGCGCCCGGAUAUGUCGAUACCGAGUUUCCCGGAGCUGAGCGAUAUGUCGUCGAGCUCGGCAUCGGAGGCCAUGACGGCCUCGUCGUCGCGGGGAUCCAUCCACACCAGAAGCACCAGCAUCAUGUCCACGGCCGACUUUGACACCACGAUGAAGCCGGCAGAGCCUGCCCUGGGCAUGCUGAGCGAGGCGACGAUCCCAGAAUUUGAAGUCGUCAUCGCGGCCGAGGAUUCGUGGCCGCUCGCCCGUUGCAACCCGCCCAUCUACUCGGGCACUUGUCCGAGAACGGCCAUCGUCCAUUUGGAAUGCCUGGAAAGGAAGUCCAAAGAGGACGGCACGUGGAGCUCGCUGGAGAAGUACCUUGAAAAUGUCGACUGGGACACCACGGAUGCUUCCGUCGUCCCCCUUACGUCGCGCACCCGCGACCGGAUGCUGGCCAUCACGCAGUCGUUUCUCCAGAAGGCGCUCGACAUCCACCGCAGCGGCUUGAACAACGGGUACUCCAAGACGGGAUAUGCCACGCCCAGCGAGUUCAACUUCAUCGUCCUCCCUCCCACCAAGAUCCUCGAAUACUUCCUCCGUAGCUACGUCCGCAGCCUGCAGUACUACUACCCUCUCAUCGUCGCCGGUUGUGUCGACCCCAACGAGAUGCUACUCAACAAUCAGGCCUCGACGCUGUUACUCCUGUUGAUGAUCGCCCAGGGCGCCUCCGCCGUGCCGAUGGCCGAAGCUCGCUACCUAGCCGCCGGCCUGACAGAGACAUGUCGCAUCUCGCUCUUCGACAUUAUCGAGAAGGACGUCGAGCUGUCGGCCGACCCCGUAGCCUUGAGAUGCGCGUUGCUUUUCACGCUGCAAGGUGCCUGGAGCGGUGACAAGUGGUUGAUGGACAUCGCCAUGGGCCAGAGGGGGAUGUACUUAUCGAUGCUGAAACACGCCGGCAUGUUGGAGCCCCAACCGUCCAUGAUUCCGACCCUGAAUAGCACAACAAGCACCGAGCUGCAAUGGCGCGCAUGGCUUCAUCGCGAGAUGCAGAACAGGCUCGUCUACAACUGGGUUAUGUGCGACCAGGAGCUCAGCCUGUUCCACGACACGCCGCCUCAGCUGGCCAUCACCGAUCUCCAAUGCCCUCUCCCCAGUCCCGAGGCCCUUUGGCUCGCGUCUAACUCGGAGCAAUGGUUUGCCAACGCCCAGGGCCUAUAUGGCUGCACUGCGAAUGUCAACCCGCAACUCCUAUCGAGCCCUUCUCUUACCCCCUCACUCUGCGAGCUCUUCCAGGAUUUUCUCCACGACAACCUUUCCCGUCGCCAGGCCGGCCUCUCGCCCCAGCAGCUUCGUCUCCUCCUUCACCCUCUUCAGUCUCUGCUAUGCCAUCUGCGACAGAUGCUCUCAUGCUUUUCCGAUGUGCUCUCCACCAGACGGGCAACAUCAAGGACCAUCACCAAGUCGAGCACCAUGCUCCGCCUCGAGGAAGUCCAGGCGCUUCUCCAGAAGUGGUACGAGCUGACCAUGUCAUUCCACAAGAGCAACCCUAACUGCACCACCACGCGCUGCAACCUGGUCCUCUACCACCUCAUCUCCCUCAACGCCGUCACCAACUUCCCCGAGAUCGAGCGCCUCGCCCGUCGCGACGGCUUCGACGGCUCUUACUGGGAGCUAAGCUUGCGCCACAAGCGCUGCAUCUACAACCGCGAGGAGGCCAUCUUCCACUCCGGCCAGGUCAUGCGCCUCUUGCGGUCCAUGCCUGCCGACCGCCGCCCAUGCUGGUGGCCUGCCGGUGUCUACCGCGCCACUCUCAUCCUCUGGGCCGACAGUGUCGCGCGUCUCGAUCCCAACUUCCAAAAGACCCAGGCGCAACAACAGCAACAACAACAACAGCAGCAGUCAUCGUCGCCUACGUCCCAACACCAGAGCGCCAGCCCCGAACACCUCAGCGGCGCAGGUACCUCCAACGCGGCCACGAGCGGGCAGCUCGGCAGCGGCAGCAUCGUUGCCAUCGAUCAGGUCACGCCGGAGGAUCCCGCCCUCAUUUCGUACCUGUGGAGCGGAGGCGACGGCAUCGCCCUCCUCACCCGCCGCGACGGCACCACGCUGGGCCUGGAUAAGCCCGUCGAGGUCAUUAAUUACGGCGUAAUGGCCAUCGAGGAGGGUGUCACCUGCCGUAUCGGCGAUGGCAUCAGACGCAAGCUCAUCACCCUCAACAACAACUGGAACGUUGACAGCCUGGCCACUACGGCAGCCGCAUGA